AUGGAUAUUCGUUGUGCUAAUUUUUUUCCAUCGAAUACUAUUAGUUUAACUCUUAUUAAUUGCAAAUAUAUUGAUCUAAUUCGUUUUUCCCAAUUGUAUUCAUUAAUCUUACAUAAUCCGAAUCAAGCUUUGGCACAAAAAAUUCAACCCGAAUUUUUUCCUCAUCUCAAAUACUUAUCUAUUGCUUUCUCUUGUCAUACAUUUACUCACUGGUGGAAUUCAUUACAUCAUCGAAUAUUUUCUAACAAAUUUCUCAAAUUGUACAAAGCAUGUUUAGCUUGUUUAUGUCUUCCAUCGACAAAGUCAGUAUGGAGAGGCAGUCCGUCGAUAACAAAAUUAGAAAUCAAUGAAGUUAAUCGAACAGGUUUUCUUCAUAUACUCCUUUAUGCGUGUCCAAAUCUCCGAUUUCUCAGAUUUAGACCAGGUCCUUAUCGUUCCGAUUUAACAACGGUUUUUAAAGAUGGUCGAGGCUCUACAAUCGACGAAAAUAUUAUUCCCUCAUCGGCAGCUCCUCAUUAUCAAUUACAACGUUUAGAAGUUCUUUCCUCGGAUUAUAUGAAUUAUGAAUUCUUUGCAUCAUUACUUCAAUGUUUGCCCAAUCUUAAACAACUCCGUUUUGAACAUCGGUUUUUUGAUGUUGCUUUUGCUUUGUUCGAAUUCAUCGCAACUGAACUCACAACUUCUACACCAAUUUUAGAAAGUUUUUAUUCUACAAUGACUGAUACGCAACCGAUAGCUAUUGAUGAAACAAUUCGAAGAAAUAUUCAAGAUCUGCAUUCUCUUUUCAACAUUGUAAAAUUGAAUGAUUCAGGACAUCUUAUUGUUAGUUCAUUUUUAUGA